CCGCCAUUGGCCUCUGACGUCAUGGGAGCGCGGCGCUCUCGGUUACGUCAUCGCCGCGCGCCAGCGCCGCGGAACCAUCAGGGGGCGGGAGGCGCGAGUGGCGCGUGACGCUGGGCCUCUCCGCCGCGCGCGUAGGUCUAAGGCACUGAUGUUUGAACAGGAAGCUUCAAAACUUUUUUAAAAGAAUCUUCAGAAUGGCUUUGAACCAUGCAAGCUAGAAGUCGCCCCGGAACACCACCAGCUUCAGCAUGCGUCUGCCCUGUUGGGCUUUCCUGGCGAGCUUUUUGAGGCGGUCUGUCUGCGGAGAGCCAGCGAGCUGACGGCCACAGAACAAGAUUAGUGGAUCUGACUUUUCUGGUAGAAUUCUCUUGCUUUGUUACAUUCUUUCCCAGGGUUCUCAGGGGCAUGGAGGUAUUCAUGGAACUGAAAGGCUUGCUAGGAGGGAAGUAGCACUUUCAUGUGGAAUGAAAACUAAGCAAGCGGCAGCUGUGACUGAAAACACGUAAGCCUCCCACGUCUGGAUGCACUGGAUCGGGGACCCAGAGAAACGGUCACUGUGGGGGAGAGGAGCCAUAGCUAGAGAAGAAAACCCCAAUAAAGAGGAUGAGGGUGACUGGAAAGUAAAUGGCUGCCUCCACCUCGACAGAGACGAAGUCAGCCUCAUGGUGGAACUACUUUUUCCUUUACGAUGGUUCAAAGGUAAAGGAAGAAGGGGACCCGACAAGAGCUGGCAUUUGUUAUUUCUAUCCUUCUCAGACCCUGCUGGACCAGCAGGAGUUGCUCUGCGGGCAGAUUGCCGGCGUGGCCCACUGCAUCGCUGACAUCUCCGGCUCUCCGCCCGCGCUCAUCCGUCUGCGGAAGCUUAAGUUCGCCAUCAAGGUGGACGGAGAUUACCUCUGGGUGCUGGGCUGCGCUGUGGAGCUCCCUGAUGUCAGCUGCCGGCAGUUUCUGGAUCAGCUGAUUGGAUUUUUUAAUUUUUACAAUGGACCCGUUUCUCUGGCUUACAAGAACUGUUCCCAGGAGGAGCUGAGCGCCGAGUGGAACACCUUCAUUGAACAAAUCCUGAAAAACACCAGUAACCUGCAUAAGAUAUUCACUUCCCUCUGGAACCUGGACCAAACCAAAGUGGACCCCCUGCUCCUGCUGAAGGCGGCGCUCAUCCUGCAGACCUGCCAGCGCUCCCCGCACAUUCUGGCCGGCUGCAUCCUCUACAAAGGCCUGAUCGUUAGCACCCAGCUCCCCCCGUCCCUCACGGCCAAGGUCCUGCUUCAUCGAGCUGCAUCUCGGGACCAGAGGACGCCUGCCCGAGGGGCUGCCCUGCAGGAGCGCGGAGCGGCCCUGCCCCCGAACGUGCGCAUCCUGCCUGUGUUCGUGACAGAAGAGGAGGCCGCCAGUCUCCACGAGUUCCCAGGGGAGCACGCGGCUAGCCCCCCUGCGUCUCCAGCCAGACCCCAGGAGCGCUCUGCCCGGCGUCCUUCGAAGGGCCGGAGCCCAUCUGCCCUGAAAGAAGACGGCACCAGGCGUGAGGAACCCCCGGCCUGGACGGGGGCAGCCACACCCAAGUCCAGGUCCCCUGACUUGGCCUGGCCAAAUGGCAGUGGCGAGAACGGGCACUGCCCUGAUGGUCACCUGGAGAGCACCCAGCCUGUGAGCCCGCGUGGCGCUGCCCAGGACCUGCCUCCUGGUCUCCGCUGCGCCCUGGGGAGGGCGCCUGCCUUUCCCGGGGGCCAGGAGGAACUGGACUUGUCUGAGAUCCACAUCCCAGAAGCUCAGGAAACGGAAACAUCCUCAGGUUAUUUUGCCUUUUCAAAUGUGUGUGCCUCCGAUGAUGGUGACUCUGGCAACGUGGACCCGAAGCUCCCCGAGGCCCUGCCUGUGGGCGCAGCCGUCGGAGGCGGCCUCUCCUCCUCUGCACCUGACAUGCUCGGCCAGAACGGGGCCCUGGAGCAGCACGAAGACCUUCCUGGGGGCAGCAGCCACGACCCCGUCCCCAGGGGAGACCUCCCCACCAGAAGGACGAGCUGGCCGUUGUCAUCGCCUCGCUUAGGUUCGAGGCAGAAAGGAACUAAGCUUCCAGUGCGGGAACGUGGCACGGACUGGUGUGUGGGUGGGGAUCCUAAGGACCACUCAGUCCUCGGCCUGGAGUGCCACUCGGGCUCGGCAGACUCUCCAGAGGACGGCCCCUCUGCAGGCAGCGCCGACCCCAGAGAGACGGCAGCAUCCUGUGGAGAACUCGUGCGUGUGAACCUCUACACUCACAGCGUCAAAGGGCUGGUGCUGUCCCUGCUGGCGGAGGAGCCGCUGCUGGGGGACCGCGCCGCCGUGGAGGAGGUGUACCACAGCAGCCUGGCCUCUCUGAACGGGCUGGAGGUCCACCUGAAGGAGACGCUGCCCAGAGGCGAGGCCACCCCCUCCAGCAGGACGUACAACUUCACGCACUACGACCGCAUUCAGAACGUGCUGAUGGCGAACCUGCCGCAGGUGGCCACGCCCCAGGACCGCCGCUUCCUGCAGGCCAUCAGCCUGAUGCACUCCGACUUCGCCCGGCUGCCCUCGCUGUACGAGAUGACCGUCAGAAACGCCUCCACGGCCGUGUACGCCUGCUGCAGCCCCGCCCAGGAAACCUUUUUCCAGCAGCUGACGCCGGCCGCACGGAGCUCCGGCUUCCCGAGUCCCCAGGACAGUGCCUUCAGCCUCCCCGGCAAGGCCAAGCAGAAGCUGCUGAAGCACGGGGUGAACUUACUUUGAACUUGGCUGCAGUGGGAAGGUCAUCACCCCGGGAGGUGGCUGUCCAGUGGAAUACCAACAAAGGAAGCACUGCCUUUUUAAACAGAAAAAACUUCUAUUUUUCUGGAGUAUUCCCUUUUUAGGAACUUGGGAUGCUUGAGUGUUUGAUACUCCAUUUAAAGAUUGGCGUGGGACAGGGUAGUCCUUCAGGACCUGGAGUGUGGGAUAGAGACCAUUAUCACACACUGGCAGUGCUGGGGCCUGGACAGGCGCUGUGGCUCUUGCUCCUUGCACCCGAGAGGGACAGGGCCGAUUAGAUCCCUGUCACCCUGAGCCUGAGGCGCCUGGCAUCUCCUCAGCCUGUCUCCACAGGAAUUCAGGUUGGCUUUUUCCCAUAACCUAGCUGUCCCUAGUCCAGUGUAUUCCAGCCGUGUCUGCCGGGGUCGGUGAGGGGUGGCCACACAGAGGAGCUGGGUUCGGAAGCAGGCAACCCGGACGCCUGCUUCUCAGAGUGUCGUCCUCCCGGGAUGGAAAGUCCUCCCGGGAGGGCUGGGCCAGCCGGGUGGAACCGCCUGGUCUGAAUUCUGGCUCCACACUGGGAGCCUGUUCUGUGGGGUACCUGUCGUGGGGCAAGUCUCGAAAACGUGGAAGGGCGUUUGGGGGUUAGUGGUAACCAAAAGCCCGGGGUGCAGAGAUCGGAGAAUCGGGUGGGUCUGGGCCGUGCAGCUGCCGCUCCUGAGCGAGGGUCCCCAGUGGGAGCUGGCAGAACGUGGCGGGGCAAAGGCAGAGCCGUGCUCUCCAGCCGUCGCCGUGUGUGCCGUGUGCGAGAGAGCCACAUUGCUUUGUGUUUCUGGGCCGGUGUGGUCACCUCGGUGCUGGUCAGUACAGACACGUUUUGAGAACACGGUGCAGACCCCAGGGUGAGCACGCCGGGCUGGCCAAAGGGUCUGCACGGUUU